GGCACUUCCGUGUUCCGGUCGUGUGGGCUGCAGGGAAGUUGACUUGGGUUCCCUGUACCCGGGAAAGGGACCCACCAUGUCUCUGUCCCACUUGUACCGGGAUGGGGAAGGCCAUAUUGAUGAGGACGACGAUGAGCGGGAGAACUUCGAGAUCACUGACUGGGAUCUGCAGAAUGAGUUCAACCCCAACCGGCAGCGCCAUUGGCAGACCAAGGAAGAGGCCACCUAUGGCAUCUGGGCAGAGCGAGACUCUGACGAAGAGAGGCCCAGCUUUGGAGGCAAACGGGCCCGAGACUAUUCUGUACCAGUCAACUUCAUCAGCGCUGGGCUCAAGAAAGGGGCAGCUGAGGAGGCCGAGUUGGAAGAUUCUGAUGAGGAAGAGAAGCCCGUUAAGCAGGAUGACUUUCCAAAGGAUUUUGGACCAAAGAAGUUGAAAACGGGCGGCAAUUUUAAACCCAGCCAGAAAAGCUUCGCGGGUGGAACCAAGUCUUUCAUGGACUUUGGCAGCUGGGAACGCCACACAAAGGGAAUUGGGCAGAAGCUGCUGCAGAAGAUGGGCUACGUCCCUGGCAGGGGCCUGGGCAAGAAUGCACAAGGUAUCAUUAACCCAAUUGAAGCCAAACAGCGGAAGGGGAAGGGUGCAGUGGGGGCUUAUGGCUCUGAACGCACCACCCAGUCCCUGCAGGACUUCCCUGUGGUCGACUCGGAAGAGGAAGCUGAGGAGGAGUUCCAGAAGGAGCUGAGCCAGUGGAGGAAAGAUCCCAGCGGCAGCAAGAAGAAGCCCAAGUACUCGUACAAGACGGUAGAAGAGUUGAAAGCCAAGGGUAGGAUCAGUAAGAAGCUCAGUGCCCCCCAAAAGGAGCUUUCUCAGGUCAAGGUCAUCGACAUGACGGGCCGUGAGCAGAAGAUCUACUACAGCUACAGCCAGAUCAGUCACAAGCACAAUAUGCCCGAUGAUGGGCUGCCCCUGCUGUCCCAGCAGUCCCCGCUGCCUGGCAAAGACACCAAGGCCCCGGGCUUCGCGCUGCCCGAGCUGGAGCACAACCUGCAGCUGCUCAUCGACCUCACAGAGCAGGAGAUCAUCCAGAAUGACCGGCAGCUGCAGUACGAGCGGGACAUGGUGGUGAACCUGUCGCACGAGCUGGAGAAGAUGGGCGAGGUGCUGGAACACGAGGAGCGAGUCAUCUCCAACCUCAGCAAGGUGCUGGAACUGGUGGAGGCGUGCGAGCGCCGCCUGCAGCCGCACUGCAGCGACCCUCUGACGCUGGACGAAUGUGCCCGCAUCUUCGAGACCCUGCAGGACAAGUACUACGAGGAGUACCGCAUGUCGGACCGCGUGGACCUGGCUGUGGCCAUCGUCUACCCGCUCAUGAAGGAGUACUUCAAGGAGUGGGACCCCCUCAAAGACUGCACUUACGGCACAGAGAUCAUCUCCAAGUGGAAGCGCCUCCUGGAGAAUGACCAGCUGCUAUCCCACGGUGGCCAGGACCUCUCGGCUGAUGCGUUCCACAGGCUCAUCUGGGAGGUCUGGAUGCCUUUCGUGCGUAACAUCGUCGCCCAGUGGCAACCCCGGAACUGCGAGCCAAUGGUGGACUUCCUGGACAGCUGGGUGCGCAUUGUGCCCGUGUGGGUCCUCGACAACAUCCUGGACCAGCUCAUCUUCCCCAAGCUGCAGAAGGAGGUGGAAAACUGGAACCCGCUGACAGACACAGUCCCCAUCCACUCCUGGAUCCACCCGUGGCUCCCCCUGAUGCAGGCACGCCUGGAGCCCCUGUACUCCCCCAUCCGCAGCAAACUGUCCAGCGCCCUGCAAAAGUGGCACCCCAGCGACUCCUCUGCCAAGCUCAUCCUGCAGCCCUGGAAAGACGUCUUCACCCCGGGCUCCUGGGAGGCUUUCAUGAUCAAGAACAUUGUGCCCAAGCUGGGGAUGUGCCUGGGGGAGCUGGUCAUCAACCCGCACCAGCAGCAUAUGGAUGCUUUCUACUGGGUCAUGGACUGGGAAGGCAUGAUCUCUGUCUCAAGCCUGGUGGGGCUGCUGGAAAAGCAUUUCUUCCCCAAGUGGCUUCAGGUGUUGUGCUCUUGGCUCAGCAACAGCCCCAACUAUGAGGAGAUCACCAAGUGGUACCUGGGCUGGAAAUCCAUGUUUUCGGACCAAGUGCUGGCCCACCCGUCCAUCAAGGACAAGUUCAAUGAAGCCCUGGAUAUCAUGAACCGGGCAGUAUCCUCCAAUGUGGGUGCUUACAUGCAGCCCGGAGCCCGGGAGAACAUCGCUUACCUCACCCACACGGAGCGGAGGAAGGACUUCCAGUAUGAGGCCAUGCAGGAGCGGCGCGAGGCUGAGAACAUGGCCCAGAGGGGCAUCGGUGUGGCCGCCAGCUCCGUGCCCAUGAACUUCAAGGACCUCAUCGAGACCAAGGCCGAGGAGCACAACAUUGUCUUCAUGCCUGUCAUCGGCAAGCGCCACGAAGGGAAACAGCUAUACAACCUUCAGGCCGCAUCGUCAUCAUAA